AUGCGACGUUCAAAUUUGCAGCUUUACAUGACCGGCUUCGGUCCUUUCAAAUCCAUUACGGUGAAUCCAAGCGCCAUGAUCGGAGAAUCUGUUUCGAAGAAAAUGAUGGAAGACAGUGAACUUCAAGUGCAUUAUGAGAAACUUGAGGUCGGUCUAGAGGCGGUGUCUGCGUACUUUGGCGGCCUUGAAGGUGCUCUUGCAAAACACAUGGAAGACAACCCUGACGGAUGUGUUCUGCUUCUUCAUAUUGGGCUCCACAGUCGUGAGGAGGAGGGGAAAAUGCGGUUGGAAGUGUGCGGCUACAACGAACUUGAGGGUUCUCCCAUUGAUGAAUCAAUUCCCAUGGAUGUGUGUUUGGAAAGCAUGCUUGUCCACGAUGGGUGUGACGAGUCGAAAGCAACAGCAGAACUCAUAGAGGAACUUAAUGCCGCGAUAUCAAAGAGGGGCCGUAGGGAAGGUGACCGCCAGCAGCCGCAUUGGAUUAUAUCCCAUGACGCUGGACGGUAUUACUGCAAUUACACCCUGUAUCGAAGCUUGAAGUUGCAAAAGAAAUGGAGGGGACGUGUUUUUGCUGUUUUUGUUCAUGUCGCCAACCCUUUCACAUGCAAUAACCCCAGUCUGGAGGAACAAACUGCGCAGGUUCUUUCACUCGUAUCAGGGCUUGUGCGAAUUGUGCGUAAUAAAGAUAUAGUAUAA